AAGUUACUAUACGGUGACAACAUGUGCGUUGGUCCAUUGAAGAAAUUAUGCCAUUGGGGACCGCUCUCCUCACUCGCGAUGAUAAAGUUCAUCACGUUGAUGACGAUACAUUGUAGUAGACAAUGGUGGCCACCACAAGACAGUAUUCCAGCAGCUGCCAGUUUCUUACUGUUCUUCACUCUCAGUGGAUUGACUCUCUUCCAUUUUAUCAGUGCAAUUGUUGAAGGACCCGGAUAUCUCACAUUAAAAUGGAUGCCAGAGAAAGCUACAGAUAUACAAUAUCUGCAAUACUGUAUUGUCUGCCAAGGUUAUAAGGCACCGAGAUCACAUCAUUGUAGAAAAUGUAAUCGUUGUGUGAUGAAAAUGGAUCAUCACUGUCCAUGGAUAAAUACAUGCGUUGGACAUUAUAAUCAUGGACAUUUCACAGCGUUUUUGGCAAGCGCAAUUGGCGGUUGUUCCGUCUCUUUUAUUAUAUUAACUUCCUGGAUAACAACUGUGUUAUCACUGAAACCUUUGCCAUUCCCACCACCAGAGUUCUAUACAAUAAUAUUAGUCGUAUUUAGUAUUGGUGCAUCAGUUGGCGUUGUACUUGCAGUAGGAAUGUUAUUAAGUGUCCAGAUAUUAGCUAUCUUGAGAAAUCGAACAGAAAUAGAAGAUUGGAUUCUGCAGAAGUCCCAAUGUUGGCGAAAUGAUACAGAUGCCGAAUAUAUACAUCCAUAUUCAAAAGGAUGGCUUUUCAAUAUUAGUCAAGUUCUUACAUGGGAUUGUACUCCCGUCGGCGAUGGUAUUACGUGGCCAGUUAUUGAUGGCUGUGAUCAAUAUACAUUAACGAGAGAACAGCUUGCUCAAAAAUUAGACAAACGGAAAAAAGCACGCAUAUAUAGGAUUGUAAAAGCUACAUCAGGAUCUAAAUUUCCAAUUGGACAUGGUUUCGGCGUAUUUUUUCAUCCACUUUGUACUGAUGAAUCUCGCAUUAAGUUGAAUGUAGAUGAUAUUGUGAUUGUAACACGUUGGAAGAAAUAUUGGUUAUUUGGACGAAAAGAACAGAAGGAAGGAGAAGAUGGAAAAUCGAAAUGUAUAAGGGGAUGGUUUCCACGACCCUGUGCGGUGGAAGUAAUAGAAAAAUCUGUACGGCUUGGAUAAUUUGUCCAAAAUAAUUUAUUAACUUUAGAAAAUUUAUGUGACA